CUGAGGUAAAAGCCAUAAACUCCAAGGCUGAGGUGGCGCAGGCCCAGGCGGCCUUGGCAGUCAAUAUAUGCGCCGCCCGAGGGCUGCAGGAUGUGCUGCGGACCAACUUGGGUCCUAAGGGAACCAUGAAAAUGCUUGUUUCUGGUGCAGGAGACAUGAAACUCACCAAAGAUGGCAAUGUACUGCUCCAUGAGAUGGGCCUGCACCCUAGAAUAAUAGCUGAAGGAUUUGAAGUUGCAAAAAUAAAGGCACUUGAAGUUUUGGAACAAGUUAAAAUUAAAAAAGAGAUGAAAAGAGAAAUCCUCUUAGAUGUGGCUAGAACAUCUCUACAAACUAAAGUUCAUCCUCAGCUGGCUUAUGUGUUAACAGAGGAGAACGGGAUCAGGGAAGUUUUCAAAGCUACUGGUAAUUUUCUGUUUCUUAAGCUGGGUGGUUGUGUGGUUCCAGGAGCGGGUGCAGUUGAAGUGGCAAUAGCUGAAGCUCUAGUUACAUACAAGCACAGUAUAAAAGGAAGAGCUCGUCUUGGAGUCCAAGCUUUUGCUGAUGCUUUACUCAUUAUCCCUAAGGUUCUUGCUCAGAAUUCUGGAUAUGACCUGCAGGAAACACUAGUGAAAGUUCAGGUUGAGCAUUCAGAAUCAAAACAACCUGUUGGCAUAGAUUUGAAUACAGGUGAGCCAAUGGUAGCAGCAGAUGCAGGAGUUUGGGAUAAUUAUUUUGUGAAAAACCAACUUCUUCACUCUUGCGCAGUGAUUGCCACCAACAUUCUCCUGGUUGAUGAAAUUAUGCGAGCUGAUAACCCAAUCUUAGACAAUGAGAAAGAGAAUGAGAAGAAAGAAGAUGUGAAAAGAAGGAAUAAUGGAGGAAAGGGGAUGAACCCUCUGAAGAUAUGGGUCCCUCUCUGGAACUCCAACUGAGGCUAGAUGUUUCAGCCCUCAUUUCAGUGCAGAAGGCUCUGCAGGGGGUGAGAAUGGCCCAUUAAAGUGACAUAAAAGGGCAGUUCUCCAUUAACAACUAGAAGUGUGGUGGAGCUGUGGAACAAGAACAAUGGGAAAACAAGAUAGGUUAGUUGGACAUGAAAAAUAGUACUGUUGAGAUAAAACUCAAUAUAAGGUUUGAAAGGUAAAGUUGAAGAAAAUUCUCAGAAAGUAAAAAAAGAAAAGGACAAGAAAAAUAAGAGAAAAAAAGAAGAGACCAAGAGGAGCAAUCCAGGAGGUCUAACAUCUAAGUGAUGGGUGCUGCAAAGCAGACAGAGGGCUGAAAAUUAUCAAGAAAUAAUGCAAGAUAAUAUCCUAAAGCUGGAAGACCUGAAUCUACAUAUUGAAAGGACCUGUGAAUACUAGACCAGUUGGAUAGCCAUAUGAAAAAGAAAUGAACAUUAAUCCUGGUCACAUACCAUAUACAAAAAUUAAUUCAGGAUGGAUCAUAGACCUAAAUGUGAAAGAUAAAACAGUAUAGUUUCUAGAAAACAAAAAAACCCCAGAAGAAUAGCUUCAUGUCUUUGGGAUGGGCAAAGAUUUCUUAAAUAGAAUACAAAAACCACUAAUUAUAAAAGAAAAAUCACUAAAUUUAGGCCCUAUUAAAAUUAAGAACUUCUCUUCAGUAGAGAUGACAUUAAGAGAGUGAAAAAAACAAGCCGAAGACUUGGAGAAGUAUUUGUAAUACAUAAACCCAGCACAGAAUGUAUAUCUAGACUGUAUAUAGAAAUCCCACAAACUCAUAAAGAAACUGUAAAAAUGAGCAAAAGAUUUACAAAAUAAGUCAAUAAAAUAAAAUGUCAAUAAAGAAGUACAAAAUGGUCAAUAAACACACUCAAAGAUGCGCACUAUUAUUGUCAUCAGGAAAUGCUAAUUAAAACCACAAUAAAAUACCACUAUACUCCUACUUGAAUGGCAAAAAUAAAAGGUCUGAAAGUACUGAUGAGAAUGUGGAGCAACUGGAACUCUCAGACAUAGCUGCUGGUAGUUUAAAUUUGUACAACCACCUUGAAAAACUGUUUGGCAGCAUCUACAAAAGCUAAAUUAUAUGUCUACCCUGUGAUCCAACAAUUCUACUUCUAAAUGUAGACUGAAGGGAUGUGAAUACUUAUUUCCACUAAAAAAACAUACACAAGAAUGUUACAGAAACAUUGUUCAUAGUAGCUUAAAACUGGGGACGGUUCCAAAGGUCCAUUGCCAUUUGUAUAAAUAAAUUGUGGUAUACGCAAAUGGAAUAUUAUGCAGCAGUGAAAAAGAACCAAUAAACUCUACAUGGAACAACAUGGGUGAAUGUCAAAGACAUAAUGUUAAGCAAAAUAAGCUAGGCACAGAAGGAUACAUACUGUAAAAGUUCAUUCAUAUGAAGCUGGUGAAACUAGUCCAUGGUGAUAGAGGAGAGAAUAGGGGCUACUUUUGGAAAGCUGUCAAGCAGGAGGAGGCAUGAAUGAAUUCAUUAGAUACUGGAAAUGUUUGUAUCUUGAUAUAUAUUUCUGUAGUUUACAAUAUAUAAGUUACAAAACUACAUGUAAAUUCCAACUUAAAUAAGAAACGGCCCACUGAGUGCCCAACACAAUAAAUGAAAAAAGUCCACACCAAUUUUGCACAUCAUUGUGAGUCAGAAGAACGACAGGAGAAAGGAAUAUUCUAAAGAUUGCCAAGAGGGAAAUCAGGUCACUUACAAAGCAGCAAGAAUCAGACUGGCUUCAAACUCUCAUCAGCAACAUCGGAUACUUUAUAAUUCUGAAAGAAAUGAUUUUCAAUCCAGGAUUUCUGUAUCCAGCCAACCAUCACGCAAGUUGCAAGGACUCAUAAAAUUUAUCUCCUGUAAAUCCUUUUUAAGAAAGCGACUUGAGGAUGUAUUACAAUAAAUGAGGGAGUAAUCCAGGAAAAGGGGAAAAUUGGGAAGACAAGAAGCUGUAGUAGAUAGAAUUCAGAAGAGCAGGGAUGAGUUCCAGGGUAAGAGCUGUGCACAGGCCUGGAGAGCAACAAUUCCAGAUUGAAGCAAGAGGACCAAAGGUCCCAGCAGGCAGGGGUGGCGGUAAUGGUGGUAGUCCCUAAUGAAAAGGGGCACUAGAUAGAAUACGCUUUAUUAAGACUUCUAGGACAAAAGAAUAAAGAAAGACAACUUGAAACUUAUAAGCGCACACACACACACACACAGAGCUAUAUCUGAAAGAGAACUGUAAUUAUAGUACACUACUUGGCUCUGCAAUGAGUAGUCUUUACCUAUGCACAAUAAUGUGCCUAGUGAUUUUUUAGCAAUUUUCAUUUCUUAGAAUUAAUCCAAAAGGCUUAUUAUGGUUAUAGAAUAAAUGUAAAUAUUAUCAACUUUACCAACAUAAAAGUAUAAGUAUGGAUGACAGAAGUUAGGAGGAAGAAGUGGGAGAAGUGAGGUGAAGGGAAGGAUAGGAGUAUUAAUACCCUCUUUUUACAAAGUGCAGAUUCUCUUUUUGCAAAGUGCAACCCUAGAGGGUAGAAGAUCACAGAGGUAACCAAUGGAAGAACUAAAAAUAGAGAUAUGGCAGGAGGGGGUGGAGGUGGUCCAAGAGAGGUAAAUCCUUGUCUGUUACAGUAGUAAGUCAACAGAUUGUGUCUAAAACUGAUGCAUGAAGAAAUAUCAGGAGAAGCAUAUUAUUUAGAAAGAUGAAGGUAAAUGUAAGAAGAGACGUUUUAAAAAGUUAGACGUGGCUGCCUAGGGGGAACAGAUCUGGGAGUAGGAAGUAGUUUAGCAGGAUACUGUAUUUAACCUUGUGCAUAUAUUAUUUUGAAUAAAACAGUUUUUUGGCGUUUUUUUUCUUUUUUGUUUUGUGUUGAGGAAGAUAGACAUGGAUCAGAUCAAAGAGGAGAUUAUAAAAGCCUUUCUCUUUUUCUAAGGAUCAUCAUGGUACCAAGGAGCCCUGUGACAGACCCCACCUGGGAAAGGACUUGAAGUCAUGCUUUGACAUCUGGGGACUGGACUCAUUCAGUUUUUAUAGGGGCAGGGAUUUGAGGACAUUGAAAUGUCACUAAUUUUCUUGCCAAGGCUUCUCUGUGAUAAACUUCAUCCCCCUCUUCUUCUCCCUCAAAAAUACAAUUUUCAAUAAAUAGGAAGCUCAUAAAUAAUACGGGGCACCGCAGGUCCUAAUGAAACAGUGACAAAUGUUAUAUCUUCAUGGGAUCAGGAGAAAUAACAAAGGGGAGCAUGGGGAGGGGCCUGGAGCCCCCUGAGCUUGUGAGAUUUUAUUAAAAAUCCUUUAA